CCCAAAUCUAGCGUCACUGUGUCGCUUCCUGUUCUCUUCUUCCCAUUCUCUCUGAGCAACGAAAUCUAGGGUUUUUCUGCAAAAAUCUUGUUUUUAUUUUCUAGGGUUUAGGGUUUGUUUACUUUGGCAGCAAUGGGGGACGGACAGGCGGUUGUUGGAGUAGAAGAUUGCUGGAAGGAUCCGAAAGUGGACAGCCAAGAUCAACCCAGGAAGACCCAGAAGCGAAAGAGAGGAUCUUGGGUUUUUGAGGGUUUGAGCAGUGAAGAGAAAGAGUCCAGGAUCAAUGGGUUCCAGAAAGAAAUUGAGGGGCUUUUUGGGUAUUACAAAGAAGUAAUGGGUGAAAAAGUGGGGUUUGGUUUGGGGUCUGAUCUGGGGAUUGUUGACUCUGGUUCGGUGAAUGCAAUGGUUGCGGUUCUUAUGGAGGAAAGUGACUUGCCACUAUCGAGACUGGUGGAGGAGAUUCAUGGUAGGAUCAAGGAGAAGAUGGGAAAUUUGACUCUACCGGCGGUGAAGAGUGCGGUGUUGUUUGUAGGUCAGAGAAUGAUGUAUGGAGUGCCCAACGAGGAUGUUGAUGUGUUGGAGGAUGUUACUCCCUCCUGCCUAUGGUGUUGGGAGAUAAGAGAUGCAAAGUUCAUGCGAAAAUCUGCUCGUGGAGCACUGAAAAUCCGGCGCACUUGUCGGAAGAAGAUCCAUGAAAGAAUUACUGCUGUUUCAAAAAUGAUAACUGCAUUAAAGAGGUCGGAGAAUGAUCUGUCCUACAAAGAUGAUCUGACCAAAGCAUCAGAAAAGCUUAGUAAAGUGUCUAAGGAGGCAGAUAUUCGUCUGUUAGUGCAUAACAUGUUAAAGAGGAGUGGUCCAGAUGUGGUUGAGAAAGAAGCAAAGCAGGAAGAGAAAUCAUCAAUUAAACAAUUGGAGAAAAAUAAAAGAGAAGCUGAGAAGGAGAAGAAGAAAAGGGACCGUGAACUUCAAAAAGAAAUGUUGCAAAGUGAAAAGGAACAAAAGCGGUUGAAGGAAGCUGCAGAAAAGGAUGAAAAGCGCCGUGAAAAGGAGGAGGCUGAGAUGAAGAAGCAGCUAAGAAAACAGCAAGACGAAGCUGAGAGAGAACAUCGACGGCGAGAGAAGGAAGAGGCUCAAAUAAGAAAGCAACUGGACAUAAAAAGGCAGGCUUCUGUCAUGGAACGCUUUCUUAAAAGAAGUAAAACUUCACCAAUCCAGGUUGAUAAUACUUCUACUAAACCAGUCACAUCCAAUCCAUCAAGACAAAAGAGUGAACAGGUGCCUGAAGCAGUUACACUGUCAAUGGAUUCUGUUCUUUCAUCUAAUGAUCAAGUUAAUGCCGAUGAUCUUCGCAAAUUGCACUUGUCUUCUUGGCAUCACAUGGGUCAUUCUCUUCGUUCAAAUAGAAAACAGUGUUGGGGCAUGCGCAGGAAACCUAAGACCGAAUUGUUUAAGGAACUUAAGCUAACUACUAAUAAAGGACCCUAUUUUAGUGAUGAGUCAGGCAUUGAAAAGCUUGUGGAUGGAUGGGGAUCAUGCCUUUCUGAUGCCAAUAAUUCAUCUCCUGAUGUUAAAAAGUGCAUUGGGAGAAAGCAGUUGUUGCAGUUUAAUGAGAACCAUAGACCUGCAUUUUAUGGUAUUUGGCCUAAGAAAAGUGAAUUUGUGGGACCUCUCCACCCCUGGAGGAAAGACCCAGAAAUAGACUAUGAUGUUGAUAGUGAUGAAGAGUGGGAAGAGGAGGAGCCGGGGGAAAGCCUAUCAGAUUGUGAUAAAGAUGAUGAAGAGGAAAGUUUGGAGGGGUGUUCAAAAGCUGAUGAUGAUGAAAGUGAAGAUGGAUUUUUUGUUCCAGAUGGCUAUCUCUCAGAAAAUGAGGGAGUACACGUAGACGGCAUGGAAACUGAUGUCCCACUAGAGACUAAAUGUUCACCCAGUUAUAAGCAAGACAUGCAGAAUGAAGAUUUUUGUUUGUUGCUUCGGCAACAGAAGUAUCUCAACAAUUUAACUGAGCAUGCACUUCGCAGAAAUCAUCCAUUGAUUAUCUUAAAUCUAAUGCACGAAAAAGCAUCAUUGUUAUCAGCUGAAGAUCUCAGUGGCACCCCUAAACUGGAGCAGACAUGCUUGCAGGCUUUGUGCAUUCGUGGCUUUCCUGGCUGCUCCCCUGCUGAGAUAUCAGUUGACAAGUUUGAAGAUGAGGAUCGUGAAGCUUCCUUGUCAAAUAGAACUGAUAGCAUAACACCAAUCUCAACAACAGCCAGAGUUCCUGAGUCAGAUUUGCCUAUAAUUGUCUCUACCAUCCAGUCAUGUUCACAGAGUAUCGUUAAGCUAGUUGACAGUUUGCAACAAAAAUUUCCAGCAAUUCCAAAGACUCAGUUACGAAAUAAAGUGCGUGAAAUAGCAGAAUUUAUGGAUAAUCGUUGGCAGGUUAAGAAAGAAAUUUUAGCCAAUCUCGGAAUGUCAGUUUCACCAGAGAAAGGUGGUGGAAAGACCAAAAGUAUUGCUGCAUUCUUUUCAAAAAGGUGCUUGCCUCCCGCUGAUAAAGAUAUAAGCUCCAUUGAAACCCCUUCCCCACAAUUAUUGAAACAGGAUUCUGCUAACGGGGAGCUCCAGGUGACACAUAGUCAGACAUAACGGUCUAUUCUAGGUUUUCACUUGUUCACAACUUUUGCCCAUAACUAAGCUUGUACAAACCUUAAUGUGCCCAAUGUAGUAAAUUUUUUGUUCAGAUAACGACAUGGGUAAGAGGAUAGUGCAUCUGUAACAACUUCCUCCCAAAACCAAGACUGACUUUGUGACAUAAACUGAUGUAUAUUUUUCUUUCCACAUGAGAAGCCAUGGCAUCUCUAGCCUUCAUGUCUGGUUCAGGUGAAGACGUGAAGUCCUUUUAUGC